AUGACGCGCGAUUUGGAGCGCGGCAGAGCACAAAGUGUGGGAGAUGGGGGCGAGGGUAGUUGUAAUGGAGGCUUUUUUGUCCAGAUUGUGGUUGUGUUUUUGGGAGUUGUGGGGUUUAUUGGGUGGUUGUAUGGAAAGUGA